CCGAGACCCGGAAGUGACGAGCAGGGGGUUGCGGGGAACGGAUGAACUGGUCGCCGGCCUGGGGCAGGGUGACGGGUCAGUUCGGGUCGGAACUAUUCUCUGGACGGCCAUCGGCGCCCACAGGCACUCUCGCCACACUUGGGUAGAGGGCUUGGAGUGCAGCGUCCAUGUCUGUCCAGAGGUCAGCGAGUGAAGUGUGUGGGGCAUCCAGUGACGGCGGCCAGGCAAGCAACAUUGAACUAACUGAACUGCUGGAUGACAAGCCCAAGCCCCAGGCCGGUGGGAACUCUGCAGUUGGAAUGGAAGUUAAGACAGACCCUGGAACACAGAAUGAGGAGGAAGAGGAAGAGGAGGUGCGAGUACUGACCCUCCCUCUUCAGGCUCAUCAUGCAAUGGAGAAGAUGGAGGAGUUUGUGUACAAGGUUUGGGAGGGCCGUUGGCGAGUGAUCCCUUAUGAUGUGCUCCCCGAUUGGCUGAAGGACAAUGACUAUCUCCUUUAUGGACACAGGCCACCAAUGCCCUCUUUUCGAGCUUGCUUCAAGAGCAUCUUUAGAAUCCACACAGAGACCGGUAACAUCUGGACGCAUCUCUUGGGUUUUGUCUUUUUCUUGGGUCUGGGAAUCCUGACACUCCUGAGGCCCAAUAUGUACUUCAUGGCCCCCCUGCAGGAAAAGGUGGUCUUCGGAAUGUUCUUCCUGGGAGCUGUCCUCUGUCUCAGCUUCUCCUGGCUCUUCCACACAGUGUACUGCCACUCUGAGAAAGUCUCCAGAACAUUCUCCAAAUUGGACUAUUCAGGAAUCGCCUUGCUCAUUAUGGGCAGCUUCGUGCCCUGGCUGUACUAUUCAUUCUACUGCUCCCCCCAGCCCCGCCUCAUCUACCUCGGCAUUGUUUGCGCUCUAGGGAUAUCAGCCAUUAUCGUUGCUCAGUGGGACCGAUUUGCAACACCUAAGCACCGGCUUACAAGAGCAGGGGUGUUUCUGGGUCUAGGCCUGAGUGGUAUAGUACCCACUCUACAUUUUACUAUCGCUGAAGGCUUUGUAAAAGCAACAACUGUUGGACAGAUGGGCUGGUUUUACCUGAUGGCGGCGAUGUACAUCACUGGGGCUGGGUUGUAUGCAGCUCGCAUUCCAGAACGCUUCUUCCCUGGAAAGUGUGAUAUCUGGUUCCAGUCGCACCAGUUGUUCCAUGUGCUGGUGGUGAUUGCAGCCUUUGUUCACUUCCAUGGAGUUUCCAACCUGCAGGAAUUCCGAUAUGGGCUCGAAGGAGGUUGCACAGACGACUCACUGCUCUGAACCCCAGCACUGUUGCACAAAAUUCUUAACGACAAGACCUAAAGUGCAUUGAAUAUUCUCUUUCUUCGGUUCCUUUUACAAAACAAAUUGUCGCUCGCCUAGCCUCCCCCCUCCAAAAAAGAAUUUUUUUUUAAAAAGGACAGCUUUUUUCAGUGAACUGCAUGAAGGCAGGCAGAAUCAGGCUGAGUGAAUGUUAGUGAGAUUGUUAGUCCCUGCCAGACUUCUAGUCUCAGUAACUUUAUUCAGAAAUGCCCCAAUAAGAAGGCAACACUAAGGACAAUGGUCUCACCAGCUAGGCUGGUGGUGGUUUCAUUAGCCUAUUGGAAACCCUUGCAGUUGGAGCAGAAGUGAACCUCGACAGUACUACAACGAAGCAACACCUCAAAUUCAAACAUCAUUCUUCACGUAAAAAUACAAUCCCAGGCUUCACAGGAACACAAUCAUGCACAAUUUGAUACUAAGCCACACAGGGUAGUAAGUGGCUGAAAGGUAGGUUUUAAAAUGGCUCUGUCAUCUGAAGGGCAGGUACCAGUGCGGGAGAGCCUACACUUGUGGGGUUCAGCAGCCUGGAGCGGAGGAGCACGGAUCUCAGAGGGAGUUGGGUCUGGAGGAGAUUGCAGAGUUGCAGAGGGGAGGAGAGGAGAGAGGCCAAGGGAAGUUUAAAAGAAGUGAGGAGAUUGAAAUCGGGUUGUGCCUAUCCAGAUGCCCAUUUGAAUCAGACGAUUUGAGGAUGUUGUAAGAAUUUUAAUGACAUUGUUUAUGGAAGGUAAAACUAAGGAUGCCAGGGAUGUCGUGAAGCAGCCAUGUUUUGUCAAU